AUGCACAUGUAUCAAUCUGGGUCUUUGCACAUAAACAGCUAUAACAUAUUCCUUGAAGCGUUUGGCAUCGAGUCAUCCUGCUGUAUUCUGGGAGGUACAGAGGAGGACAUGCUGUGCAUCAUGGAGGAAGUCGUGCUGCCAUGCAAACAUGAGACUAAUGUCUGUGAGACGUGCCGGCGGGUUCUGCUGCAGCUUCGAGGUUUUAUAUAUAUUGAAUUCGGUCUGAUUGUCCCGUUCAGCACUGACGCUCGCGGCCGGUUCGUUUCUCACGUGCUUUCCGCGAGAGCAUCACCAACCGGCCGGAAACGGGUCCCUCGCGACGCCCCCGUUACGCCUCACACCACGGCCCUGAAUGGGCAACAGCUGUUUUUCAACGUCACUGUGUUUGGAAAAGAGCUGCACUUGCGCUUGAGGGCCAACAGGAGACUCGUGGCCCCUGGAGCUUUUGUUCAGUGGCAGGAGGAUUUUGAGGAACAGGCCAAAGAGCGGAUGCUGGGAGACUGCAUGUUUACCGGGGAUGUAAAGGACAUGCCGAGGGCCUCAGUGGCCAUCAGUAACUGUGAUGGACUGGCAGGCUUGAUUCGCACUGAUGAUGAAGAGUUCUUCAUCGAGCCGCUGGAGAAAGGCCAGCAGGAGGUGGAGGUCAAAGGUCGUGUCCAUGUGGUCUACCGAAGGUCGGCCAUCAAAAGGGACAAGGAUCAGAGGCGAGAUGACCUCCACAAUGAAGUCACAGACUUUGGUAUCGCCGAGCUGCCCAACGCUCUCAAUGUGCUGGAGGAGAAACUGUCAGAGACGGAGCGCAAACGCAGACACGCCAAGAAAGACGACUACAGCAUCGAGGUGCUGCUCGCCGUGGACGACUCGGUCGUGCGCUUCCACGGCAAAGAGCACGUGCAGAACUACGUCUUGACGCUGAUGAACAUCGUUGAUGAAAUCUAUCACGAUGAGUCUCUGGGAACCAACAUCAACAUUGUGCUGGUCCGAAUGAUCCUGGUGGGAUAUCGUCAGUCCAUCAGCCUGAUUGAGCGCGGGAAUCCGUCCCGGAGUCUGGAGCAGGUGUGCCGCUGGGCAAACACCCAGCAGAGGCUCGACCCCGAGCACGCCGAGCAUCACGACCACGCCAUCUUCCUCACCAGGCAAGAUUUUGGUCCCGCAGGUUACGCCCCGGUAACAGGCAUGUGCCACCCGCUGCGGAGCUGCACGCUCAACCACGAAGACGGCUUUUCCUCUGCCUUUGUGGUGGCGCACGAAACCGGACACGUGCUGGGAAUGGAGCAUGACGGCCAGGGGAACCGCUGCUCGGACGAGACCAGUAUGGGCAGCAUCAUGGCUCCGCUGGUCCAGGCCGCGUUUCACCGCUACCAUUGGUCCCGCUGCAGCAAACAGGAGCUCAACCGCUACAUCGACUCAUAUGACUGUCUUCUGGAUGAUCCGUUUGAGCUGAAAUGGCCUAAACUCACAGAGCUUCCCGGGAUAAACUACUCCAUGGAUGAGCAGUGCCGCUUUGAUUUCGGUGUGGGGUAUAAGAUGUGCACCGCAUUCCGUACAUAUGACCCAUGUAAGCAGCUUUGGUGCAGUCAUCCUGACAAUCAGUACUUCUGUAAGACCAAGAAGGGCCCGCCGGUGGACGGGACGGAGUGUGCACCAGGAAAGUGGUGUUUUAAAGGCCACUGCAUCUGGAGGUCGUCCCAUGAGCCCUACGGUCACGACGGAGGCUGGAGUUCCUGGGGAAAGUUCGGCUCGUGUUCUCGUACCUGCGGAGGAGGCGUUCGGUCCCGCAGCCGCCAGUGCAACAACCCUGUGCCUGCAUAUGGAGGUCGUGAUUGUCCGGGGUCGACGUUCGAUUAUCAGGUCUGUAAUACAGAGGACUGUCCCGGCCCAUACGAGGACUUCAGAGCGCAGCAGUGCAUCCAGCGCAGCAAUAAAUACCACAAUAACAUCAAACACACGUGGCUGCCGUAUGAACACUCUGAUGAGGCUCAUAAGUGCGAGUUGAGCUGCCGCUCUACAGAGACGGGUGAAGUCGUCUUCAUGAACCAGGUGAUGCAUGAUGGGACGCGCUGCAGUUACACGGAUCUGUUCAGCGUCUGCGCUCGAGGAGAGUGUCUGCACGUCGGCUGUGAUAAGGAGGUGGGAUCGUACAAACAGGAGGAUAAAUGCGGCGUCUGUGAAGGAGACAAUUCUCACUGUCGAACCGUCAAACUCACGCUCACCAAAACCCCGAAGAAGACAGGUUUGCUGAAGAUGUUUGAUAUUCCUGCUGGCGCUCGGCACAUUGUGAUCGAGGAGAAUGAAACGUCGCCUCACGUAAUUGCUGUUAAAAAUCAGGUCACUGGCAGUUUUAUCUUGAACGCCAAGGGAGAAGAAAUCACGUCCAAGACUUUUAUUGAGAACGGCCUGGAGUGGGAAUAUUCGGUGGCAAACAGCAAAGAAUCGCUGAAGACCGUCGGGCCACUGCACGAAGGCAUCGUGGUGCUGGUCGUCCCGCAGGCCGAGGACACCAAGAUCAGUUUGAGCUACAAAUACAUCAUUCAUGAAGAUCUUCUGCCGGUCAUCACCAACAACAAUGUUUUGCUGGCCGAACUGGACACGUACGAGUGGGCCCUGAAGAGCUGGUCGCAGUGCUCCAAACCCUGCGGCGGAGGUGUCCAGUACACUAAAUACGGCUGUCGGAGGAAGAGCGACGGGCGUUUGGUUCACAGGAACUUCUGUGAGAUCAGUAAAAAGCCCAAACCCAUCCGGAAACGCUGCAACACCAACAGCUGCAGCCAGCCCACGUGGGUGUUGGAGGAGUGGGGUCCAUGCAGUAAAUCCUGCGGGAAGCUGGGAUAUCAGUCUCGCGUGGUCCAGUGCAUGCAGCCGCUCCAGAACGGCACCAACAGACCCGUUCACACUAAAUACUGCAGCGAGGAGCGUCCCGAGACCCGCAGAGCCUGUAACACCAGCGUCUGCCCAUCUCAGUGGAGGACCGGAGCCUGGUCACAGUGUUCGGUGAGCUGCGGUGAAGGGAUCCAGCAGCGGCAGGUCAUCUGCAGGCCGUCUGAAGGCAGCUCGGGACAGUGUGACGCAGACAAACCUGAGUCCGUGUCCGUCUGCAAGCUUCCUCCCUGCACAGGAGAGCCAUCUUUACCCAGUCCCACUAGAGAGUUACUGGACAAGUUGACCACUGAGGAGGAGAAACCAGCGGAAAACACUCUGGAUAAAGUGUCUAGUAAGUGA